AUGGGGUUCGCCGCAGGGAGAGACGGCGGGGCGAGAGAGGGCCACCCUGCCUGCUCCCCCUUUGACAGUACAAUUAGCCCUGCUGUGUCCCCGGGGCCCCUGGUGCUGAGGUUUGGAGGGGGUGGGGGGGCACAAUUACCUUUGAGUGUGGGGCCUCAGCGACACAGAGACAGGCUUCAGAUCAGCGACCAAAGCAGAGACAAGGGUCAGGCCGGGCUCUCACAUCCCAUUAUUCAGGCUCCGAUCAGACAGCAGCAGCAGGGACCACACCACAGACACCUGCAGGGGCCCUCAUGA